UUUUUUUUUCUUUUUUUUUUCUUUCAAACUUUUGAUCAAUGAUUACCAAGGCAAGUAGAUAUUCCUCCGUUUACUGUUUUAUAUGUAUUGUAUAUGACUGUGGAACUAAUGUAUGCUUUAUGACGUUGUGGUUUUCCAGACUCUUGAAAUCAAUUGGCAUGAUGGUCAAGCUGUUUAUUCUGUAGACUUUUCGCCUGACGGAUUACGAUUUGCAACUGCUGGUGCUGAUGCCUCUGUUAGAUUAUGGAGUAUACAACGACAAGUCAGUACCGAAACAACUAUGAAAGCCACCCAAUCUCCUGAUAGUUCUCACCAUGAUUCUACUCAUCAACUUCCAGUCAGUAUUGAUUUCUUAUCUGAACUAAAACGCCAUUCCUGCCCUGUUAAUGUUGUACGGUUUUCCCCUAAUGGUGACUAUAUUGCUUCGGCUGGUGACGAUGCUUGUAUCAUCCUUUGGAAGCUAUCAACGACAAAAGAAACUACUUUUGGUAGUGAAUACAGUGAAUAUGAAAAAGAAACUUGGACACCAGCGCAAAUGUUAUAUGGACACAAUAAGGAAAUAUAUGAUUUGGCUUGGUCACCUUGUGGAAACUACUUUAUUACAGCUUCUAUUGACAAUACGGCUCGUGUAUGGAGUAUUACUGAUCGUGCCGCUAUACAUGUUUUUACUGAUCAUACACAUUACGUUCAAGGCGUAGCUUGGGAUCCAUUAGGUCAGUUUGUAGCAACUCAGAGCAGUGAUAGAUCAUUGGCGAUAUACAAAUGUCGAAAAGGACCCAAUGGUCGAUUACUAUUUGGAAAUUGUGCUAAACGACAUAAUCAUUUCGAUCGUAUGAAGGCUGAUAAGGAUAGAGCGACGAAUACUACCACUUCUACAGCAACAACAGUAGCAACGGUAACGACAAUGACAAACGUGGCGACAUCCACACCAAUGCCGUCUUCAUCAUCAUCAUCAUUAUCAGAAGAACAGUCGCAUGGAUCUUAUCGGUUGUUUCAUGAUGAAAACUUGGUCUCCUUUUUCCGACGACUAUCCUUCAGUCCUGAUGGUGGACUUUUGAUUGCACCUGCAGGAUUAUAUAAAAACAGCUCUAGUGAUACUCUUUCCACAAUGAUCAACGCUGAUGAUGAUAUGCAACAUUGCUCUUAUAUAUUUCCACGGAACACAGUUCUCAAAUAUCCAAUAGCGUGUACGGGAAAUCAUAGCAAACCUUCUAUUGCCAUUCGAUGGUGUCAACAAGCAUAUGAACGCCGUCCCAGUAAACAUUCGUCUUUAUUUAACUUGCCUUAUCGAAUUGUGUAUGCGGUAGCAACUCAAGAUUCAGUAUACAUAUAUGAUACCCAACAAGACAAACCUAUUUGUGCCAUUUCUGGAAUGCAUUAUGCCCCAAUUACGGAUUUAUCUUGGUCUAGUGACGGAACUAUUCUAACGUUUUCUUCGGCAGAUGGUUAUUGUUCUGCAGCUGUCUUUUCAAAAAAUGAACUUGGUGUCCCCAUAGCAACAAAGAAUGUUUUUAAUAAUCAUGUACAAGACGAAGAAAUGACGGAAGCCAGUAACGACAACAACAACAACAACAAUAUAUAUACACCUACGACGACUUGCAAUACAUUGGCUAUAUCAGAUAAAUUGCCGACAUCAACAACGGUAGCAUCAACAGGAAUGACCACCCUAGAUCAAUGGACUACAACAACGAAGAGUGUAUCAGCAAUAACAAAGGAUGAUAAUCUAGUCAAAAAUACGGCAGGCACGUCGACAACAUCAAAUGGAAAACCCACACCUACGAAGAAAAGGAUCACGCCUAUACUUGUUUCUGCUUCUAGACCCUCAACUACUCAACCAUUACAAUCACAAGCAUCCAUAUCAGGGAAUAACGAACCACAAAGCAAGAAACGACGCAUUACACCUAUUCCAAUCAACUAACAUAUCUACACCAUUCCUCAACGCGUGCUUAUCGAUAAUGAACAUGACGACUUGUUUAUGCAGAUAGACAAAAAGCGGUAUUAGAAAUUUAGCAGAUAGCUACAUAUUGAUAUAAUUUGUAUAUAUUGUGUUGUUUUAUCGUCAAUAAAAGAAUCCGUUUGAAACCAU